AUGGAGUGUCUUGCUCACACCAGAAGAAACAAAAAUUUAAAGAGACGUGUUGAAAGAUUGAAGACAAGAGAACAGGAGCUGAAAACUAAAAGCAAGGAAGACCAAGUAAGCAGUACUUUUAUAUAUUAAUAGCCGUACAUGAUUUCAUAGCUAUCUCGAUCUGUAUAGCAUAAGUUAAAUUGCUGCCUUAUACUGUUCUCUGCUGUACACUGAAUAUUAGGAAGGGGGACUGGAUUAAUUUCCAAAUGAAUUGGACAAAUUUUUUAUAAUUUUUUAAUUUUAGGGAGCUAGUUUAACUUCAGAUAGCAACACCUGCAUCCCAGUUGAAGAAGAGAAUCUGAGUGAGAGUGAAAGUGAAGAUGAUGUUGAAAUGGAAAAUGACUGUGAUCAAGUCUAG